AUGGAUGGGGUUGGGACAGAUAUUGGCUUCAAACACGCGUUGUACGGCUACAUGGAUAGGCAUGUGGACCUGGCAAUUAUGAAGCCGAGCAGGAGAAAUGUACAAUCGACUGUCAACACGGGGGAACGGUACAGGACGAUUGCACUUGCAAAUGCGGCUAUGGAUUUACUGGAAAAAAGUUAUUGUGAAAAGCUAACGAAACAAGCUUCAUUCACCGAUUCAUCUUGUGGAAUUAUCAAUGCCAACGAUGAUGGUGUCCUGAAUUUGUCUACAUUUCCCGAACCACGUGAAAAGACAACUUUCUGCCAGUGGCUUCUUGAGUCGUCCGACCCAUGGGCAAGGAUCGAGGUGAGCAUCGAACGACUUGGCCUAGAUGGCGAGGAUGUCCGACCUGGA